GCCUCGGCGCCGCGCGAGUCCUUCACGAAUAUGUCUCAAAAUACUCCAGACAAAGACGACCAGUCGUCAACUAACAAAAAAGCCAUCUCCCUCCCGAUAUCCAGAGUGAGGUUGAUAAUGAAGAGCUCCCCCGACGUCUCGUGCAUCAACCAGGACGCCCUGUUUCUGACUACCAAGGCAACAGAGCUGUUCGUGCAGCACCUGGCUGUGGCUUCGUUCAACAACGGCCCCGGAAAAGAAACCAACUCUCUCUGUUACACCGACCUGGCCAACGCCGCCGAGGAGACGGAGACCUUCCACUUUCUGACAGAUAUCCUGCCUAAGAAGAUCUUUGCUCGAGAUUAUCUUCAAUCUUUGGAGCAAAUGCAAGAAAAUGACAACGACGACGACCCCGACUUUUAAAAAGGACAUUGGCUGCAUCUCACGUCCAGACAGAUGUUAUCAAAUGUACAACAGAUGUUAUCAGAUGUACAACAGAUGUUAUCAGAUGUACGUGUCCCGUCAUUCAUCGAGAGCUCUGGCAGAAGAGACAUCCUGAACUUUCUCAAUGCUUUCAAAUGCACUGAGAGAGUUCAGCGGUCGGGAUAAUGGAAGACAUUAGUGGACAUUGAACUGAAAGUAAAGCCACAAAUGGGAACAUGUGAAAUCAAGUGAAGACUCAAGAGACCACCUUCAAACACAUAGAAGUUGUACUGUAUGUCUGAGUUAAAUACUUAAUGCCAGAAAUCUACAUUUCUAAACAAAGCUGUCUUAGAUGAAUUAUAAUGCAAUCAUGCCUCAAUAUUUUGAAGUUUUAGGAUUGGCCUGGAUUGGAUCUUUUGAAGGUGUUCUGGUAACAAUGUGUAAUACAUGUUGUCCUUAUUUUGCAUGCACAACAAUUAGAGGUAAAUGGUUUUCUCUUAACUUGCAGCCCUCUGUGGGCUAACUUCAUGUAACAGAGCAAGACAUAAUAUUACAGUUAUGAGUUAUGAUUGCCUUUCAAAUAUUGGGUGAACACUUUAUUUUACAGAUGCUGUCAAACAUUGAUUUGAAGUGUCGAUGUUACUGAUUCUAAGUUAUACAUGAUAGUUUUAAAAUAUAUUGUUAUGCAUCAGUUACGAGUAGUUUAUCAUAAUACUUAAAAGUUUAACUAAUCAAAAGUGUGUGUGUGUGUGUGUGUGUAUAUGUAUAUGUGUAUAUGUAUAUAUAUAUAUAUAUAUAUAUAUAUAUAUAUAUAUAUAUAUAUACAUAUACACACGCGCAUAUAUACACCUCUUUUCCCCCAACUUAACUACACAACAAUGGGAUGUGCAUCUUUCCAAAUGAAAAUGUACAAUCGGCCCAAUAGAGGUGAAUAUUUAAAGUGUAUAUAACAGCUGACCACAUCAUCCAUUAUUUGUUUAGAUUUGAUAUUAAAAUAAAAGUUCAUGCUGUCUUA